CGGAGCGGUGUUACAUUCAUAGCAUACAGUGUGUUUACGUUACGCGUUACGAGAAAUGGCGCCAACUCCGUAUACGGUUAACAGUGAGUACAGUGAGGAGCCAAUCUCCAGGACUUAUCAGUACAGGAAGGUCAUGAAACCGAUGCUCGAGCGGAAAAGGAGAGCAAGGAUCAACAGGUGUCUGGACGAGCUCAAGGAGUUGAUGGUCACAGCCUUGCAAAAUGAAGGGGAGAACGUGUCAAAAUUAGAAAAGGCAGACAUCCUGGAACUGACAGUUCGUCAUCUGCAUAGUUUGAAACGUCAACACCAGUUAGUGCUACCUCCAGAACAGUCGUACGCGGAUAGGUUUCGGGCUGGAUUCACGCAGUGCGCUCAGGAAGUUACUCAUUUCAUCACCACCCCUACAGAGAUAAUUGACCCCGUAGCCGGAAGGAAGUUAUUGCAACAUCUCGGAGCGUGUGUGCGGCAACUAGACUGUGUUUCGCAGAAUGUUUCAGUGCAGUAUCCUCAUCAAAGUAUGUCACCCCCCGUGUCCCCCAGGUCGGAGGUCAAGGCGCCACCACCCUCGAUGUGGAGGCCGUGGUGAAGGAAAGACGAUUUUUAGUUUAGUUCUGUUUUGACUUUAAUUCCAAAUAAAGCUUUAUCUAGUUUUAAUGUUAGGGUAAAUAGCAUCGUUGUCUUCCAAAUACAUUUUGAACUUGUGUUAUUUAGGUUAUUCGCAAUUAAGUUAGUUUUCACAGUAUGUUAUAUAUUACCUUUUGUAUAUUUGAAACAGUUGUAAAUAAAACGUUUAGCUUUAAUACUGUGAUAGUAGUGUAGUUUUGAAAAAUGAGGUUUUCUAAUAUUGGAAUUUUAAGAUUGUUGUAUGUUUUGUACCUGAGAGAUAAGUUUUAAAAAGUUUUGUAAUGAUUUUUAAA